UCCGCUCCAGGUCGCUCACCAUGGACCUCAGGACCCUCUGCUUCUUGUCCUGUUGCCUGUUCAUCUGUGUCUUUUCAGCUGAAAUCCAGGAGCCUGGCAGAGCUCCAAAGGCUCAGAACAAGGACGGCAAAGCAACCAGCCCUGGGGGGGUGAAGCCCUCAGGAGCCUCCGGCAGGAGAAAACCCAAGUCAGAGCGGAGACAGCAGCCCCUGCAGAAGAAGACUCCUGUGGAGGCUGCAGCUCCCAGCGCCCCGGCCCCCUCCAUCCUGACCCAGGUGUUGGGGAGGGGCCACUUCCAGAAGGUGGGGGACUCUCUGAGCCUGCGGGCUGGGGAGCCCCUGGAGCUGCGCUGCCGGGGAAAGGUGGUCCGCUGGAGGGUGCCUGUGUACCUGGAAGAGGAGGGUGAGGGCCGCCUCAGAAUCAAGCACUUCAGCCAGCACAGCCGGUUACAGCUGGUGAACUCCACGGGCGCGGACACCGGGGAGUACAGCUGCUGGGCUCGAGACUGCCAGGAUGCCGCCUGCACGGAGGGCGAGGACCGCCAGGGGAAGACCUUCAUCUUCUUCACAGACCCAGAAGAACUCUUUGUCCCCACAGAGAAUUAUUAUGAGGUGAUACAGUUACGCAGUCAUCAACCAGUCCUGCUUCCCUGCCAGGUGACCAACCCCCUGGCCCAGGUGACGCUGCAUCGAGAGUUCCCCCCAGAGGAGGUCCCAGUGGAUGGGACGGACAUCUCCUUUGAUGUGAAGAAGGGCUUCACCAUCCACCGGCCCCGAGCUUCCUUGGCUGGCUCCCUCUUCUGCUUGGCCAGCCUACGAGGCAUGAGACAAAUCUCUACCAAGUACAUGCUGAUCUACAUCAACUACCCAUCAUCGUCCCCAAAACCCACCAUCCAAGCUUCAACAACAUCGGUCCUACUGGGAGAGAACUUCAGUGUGACCUGCACGGUUCUGAGUGAGCCAGAGAUUGCUGUGGACUUCCGUUGGGAAUAUCCGGGGCAGAAGAUGGGCCGACCCCCCUACGUCAGUGAGCGGGCUGACGUGGUCCACAGGGAGGGCCAGGCUCAGCAGGAGGCAGGGAGCACCCUGUAUGUGGAAGAGGCCCGGGCUGGGGACGCUGGCAUCUACACCUGCCGGGCCACCAACCUUCAGGGCACUGGGAUGGCCACCACCCGCGUCCAUGUGACCCGGAGCCCUCGAGUCUCCCCUGCCCCUUCCUAGUCCCUCCCUGACUGCAGGCAUCUGUGUAUGAGCAGUGAGCAGAAGCAGGGGUAGGUAAUUGGGGGGAACUUUGGUGUUUUUUAUGCCAAGGAGGUGCCCCCCCUUGGGGAGAAAGAACCUUAGCCUUCACCCCUUACACUCUCCCAUCUCUACUUUCACCCCUCACUUCACGCUCACUGCCUCACGCCCUGCCCUGACCUGCUCUGAAAGCCAGCUCCAUUCCAACCCCAGGUGCAGGGCUGGGCAAAGCCAGGGCCAGGGGGGCACUAGCACCCCGGGAGGAAGCCUAGACCCUGCUGGGCCACCCAGGCCC